AUGAAGGGCUGCGAGUUCAUUUUUUUGGAUGCUCCGCACUCCGCCGCCGGCGCUUUCCAGGAGGAAACUGCUGCCGAGAAGCAGGAGGCAGCAGCAUCCGAAGGCGCCGGCCCACGUGGUUGGUGGGUCUCCGGGGAGAACGCCCGAAAGCAGCAGGGAGAGGCGUGGGUGCGUCCUGCCCAGUCCUAUGCUUGUGUUGGCUUCGAAGAAGGCAUAGCAUGCGCCAGAGACGCCGCUGUCAGAGCCUGCGAGGAUGGCCAACAAAUUCACGGCGUCUUAGCAUUCUCGCAAGGAUGCGCCGUUGCCACAUGCCUUCUCCGGGAAGCGCAACUGGACGAAGGACAUCCGCUCGCCAGUGUGAAUCUGGCAAUCCUUGUUGGUGGCUUCGUGCCACGCGAUCCGGAAACCGUUCUUCUUUUAGUGCCAGCGGCGCUUCUGGCUUUCACGUGCUUCACCGGACGUUUUACGAAGCACAUUCAAUCAGCCGGUCCAGUGCCGGCUUCUGAGAUACCGGGGCGGCGUCUGCAGUGGAGUACCGAGGAUUGCGAACUGGUCCAGUGGGAUGACCUUUGUGGCCAUCAGCUGCCGGUGGGCAAGUGCUUCCGGAUUCAGCCACGAACUGCCUCUGUUUGCGAGCUUCUGGGGCCUGACAACAGUGGGGAACCCUCACUGCUCCUUGGCGACGGCCUCGUGACUCUUCAGACGGAAGGCAGCUUGCGGAUCACCGGGAACCUACGCGUGAAGUCGGCACGCUUCGAAGCCGAGAGUAUCGUCUUCCAGGAUGCGCAGGUGGAGACACAGCAGAGUGCGGCAAACAGCUCCGCCCAAGGAGGGGGCUUCAUGGCAGAGGGUAUGCUCACUCUAGCAGCUGGUACUCUCGACCUCGAGAACACUCAUGCUACAACAUCAGGAGGAGGUUUUGUGGUCCUGCAGGGUUUUGCUGUCAGUGGGAGCGUGCUUGCGACCAACGGUUCAGCCAUCCACAUUCGCAGUUCCAGAGCGGGAAUCAGUGCUGGAGGCUUCCUCGCAGAGGGACAAUACGUUAAUUUCACCAACAGAUCCACCGUACACAUGCAGAAUGUCAGGGCCGAGCACUAUGCAGGAGGAUUCUAUGCUCGCACAGGAUCGGUCAUCAUUGAAAGCAUGUCUGAGGUGAUGGUUGUGAAUGGUCAUGCCGCCAAGUAUGAUGGCGGGGGAUUUGUCUCUCGGAAGCGUAUGGAGGUGGAUGAUGGUUCAAGCAUCAGGCUUAGGAGUGUUUCAGCUGGAAGAUCAGGAGGAGGCUUCAUGGCAUCGCGAGCCAAAGCUCUUAUCCGGGGCAAUUCUAGACUUCUGAUUUCUGACAGUCAUGCCACAUAUGGUGGAGGCUUCUAUGCAGCCUUUUUAGAAGUGUCCAACAAUGCCACCGUCGGCAUCCAAAACAGCAGUGCUGGAAAGGACGGAGGAGGCUUCUAUGCAUGCGGCUGUCACGACAACCCUGUUUUGAGAAGAUUUCUUCGAAGCAAAGUGGUGAAAGUUAGCAACAGCUCAACACUUCGCAUUGACAAAACCAUCGCUUUGGAGCUGGGAGGCGGCUUUGCAUCCUCCGGAUCCGUCGUGCUUACCGCCUUUUCCAACGUCGCGAUUUCUGACAGCCAAGCGAUGCAAGACAGAGGAGGGGGCAUGUAUGUGGAGGGCAGCUUGCGUAUUGUGGAUGGCUCGAUGCUCAGAGUUCAGAAUGUCCACGCCAAGUUUGCAGGUGCUCUCUUGCUGAAAUACUCCGGGACAACAAGGUUGCUGGUAAGGAACGAAUCCCUUCUGGAUGUCCGCAAUGCAACUGCCGGUGCGCAAGCAGGAGGGUUCCUCGUGGACAAGGUGUUGGUGGCCGCCCACUCGCAGAUACGGAUUGAAGAUUGCAACGGGGGCCGUGGCAGUGGAGGAGGAUUCUUCACUUACGGGUUGCAGGUCUCCGACCAUGGGUCCAUCAUGAUCCGCAAUUGCUCAGUCGGCGGAGGCAAGUCAGGGGGAGGCUUCUAUGUCCAGUCUGAGAGUCACAAAGCGGAAGCUUCCGUGCUUCUUGCCAACAAUUCUAUGGUCAGCAUCCAUGCCACCAACGCAUCUUAUGGCGCAGGGUUUGUGUGUACUGGACAGGUGCUACUUGCGAACAACUCAACGCUUCAAAUAUCCGACAGCCAUGCAUCGAAGUUUUCAGGAGGUUUUUCGGCAUCUGCUCUGCAAGUGACCGAUCAAUCGGCAGUAUUUCUUGAGAACGUCACAGCUGCUCGACAAAUUGGAGGCUUCAGAGCCGAGCGUGGGGUUCUCGUGUCCAACAGCUCGGAAAUUUGUAUUCGCAGAGCGGUAGCCGCAAAGGACAGAGGAGGCUUCGCGUCAUAUGGCCCUGUUGUGGUUGCGAAGAACUCUCAGAUCUCGGUUAGCGAUUCCUAUGCCAGGAGUGGAGCUGGUGGAGGCUUCAUUGUUAGACAGGAGCUGGCCGGUGCAUUGGCUGCUGUGCGGGUGACAGGCGGAUCAACCGUCAGCAUUUCCAACACUGCGUCACGGCUGUAUGGAGGAGGCUUCGCAGCAUGGCGUGGAGAUGUGGUGAUUGCUGACGGCUCUAAGCUCAGAAUUCGGAACACUGCCUCUUUUUCCUCGCAUUCGGGUGGCUUCGGCACAGACCGGCGAGUUUUGGUCGCCAACAACUCGCUCAUCACAAUUCGAAAUAGCACCUCCAAACAGAACAGCGGAGGCUUUUGGACCAAGAGUUUGGAAGUGACCGCCCGAUCGGCGGUGCGAAUCGCGAGCACCCAGACGGGUGGGUUCGGGGGAGGAUUCUGGGCUGAGGACCUCGCACUGGUCGCCGGGCACUCCGAGGUUACGGUAUCCGAUAGCCAUGCCAUCGAGGGGAGUGGUGGAGGCUUCCAGACAUCAAAACUCUACCUCGAGGGCAACUCAUCUAUCGACCUGCAGACCGCAUCGGCCGGAGAUAGCGGAGGAGGUGUGAACGCAGCCAACUUCAGUGCUGGCUCGGAGUCUUUGGUUGUUGCGAACGGCUCAGCUCUGCGUGUUCGAAAUGCCACGGCGCGCUUAUGGGGAGGAGGGAUUAGAAUAAUUGGACGUGCCGUAAUUACCGGUUGGUCCAACGUCCAGACUUCCGACUGCCACGCAACAUCAUACAAUGGUGGCGGGAUCAGUGUGUCCGCGAAACUGCUACUCAACGAGAGCUCGGACGUCAAUAUUCAGAAUGCCACAGCCGGUGGCAAUGGAGGAGGCCUUCACACAGAAGGAAGCAUUGCGAUCGCAGCUGCCUCCACCCUGGCUAUCUCUAACAGCACUGCCGAACAUGGAGGCGGCUUCCAUGUGGAAUUGUACGGCUCUACGCCUGGUCUUUUGCCUGCAAAGCCCAGCAGUUUUUUCGUUUAG